AUGAUCAAGGAGACCAAUUUGACGGGAAGGCGGGUAGAUUGGAAGAAGUUUGAUGUCAUGGACGCCCCCUGCAAUGUGACGGUGCUCCAGGCCCAAACGCAGAUCAACUCCACCAUCUACCACCUGGUGAAGCUGGUCAGUGUGUGUGUGAGCUGCACUCUGAACACUUUCCUCAGUGUUCCUCUGCUCCUGGUCAUCCACCGCUCUCCAUCUCUCUUCAGACACACACGCUUUCUCCUCCUCACACACCUGCUCUUCUGUGACAACCUCCAGCUGCUCCUCUGGACAGUCAAGGCAGUUUUUCUAAUGUGUAACCAAGGGAUACCUGUGGCCCAGUGUCUGAUCCUCUGUGCUGCUACCCAGGCCUGCUCAAUGGUGGACCUGUUACUGAGCGCUGCUCUAGCUGUGGAUCGCUGCGUGGCUGUCAAGUGGCCUUUGCAUUAUGACCGCCUGGUGUAUCAAAGGAAAAGAGGAACUGUAGCCGCCAUAUGGACCUCAUCAUUUCUGCUCAGCAGUGGGGCUUUGACUAUUAGCCUGAACACCAUACAGGUUAACACCUCCCUCUCUCGCUGCCGCCCGCUCAUCCUCUCCCCCUGCCUGUCAAACACCUCGGCCUUGCUGCUGUUCUGCACCGUGGUGAGUGCUGUGGUGCUCCCGCUCUGCUACCUGAUUAUCCUGGGAUGCUUCUUGCUGCUCUGUUGGGACAUGUGUGGCGGGCUGCUCUGCACCAAGAGAGCUUGUGUGACCCUGAGCCUCCAGGCCACUCAGAUCAUCUUGUAUUCAGUUCCGGUGAUAAUGGACAGCUAUCUAGUCCCUGGCUAUCUGCACUGUGAUGCUCUUGACAUAGCAGCCACCACCACCUACAACCUGGGCAUAUCGCUUAUUCCUUUGGUGUAUGGCUACCGCUCCCGGGAGCUGCGGCAGAGGCUGCUGCAGGCCUCCCACAGGAGCCAGGUCAACAACUUAAGCUAA